CAAAAGCAUAUGCAGAAUGCCUUAGAUAAACAGUAUUGCAAAGCGGACCUGGGCCGAAGCGGGACGGAAGUUCGGUUGCAGGUUCAGGAAUGCAGGUUCUGUAGUUUUGGCUCGGACGACCCUGUUGCCUUCCGCCAGCACCUACUCACCCAUCUUCAACCUUAUCUUAAGCAUCACGUGAUCGACUUUGAGGGUUCUGAUGUCUUGAAUGAUCUCGGCCGACAUUGCGAAGCUGCCAGAACAGAAGAAAACAAAAGCCCAGGAAGAGCCAGAGAAGGCCAGGGACAAGCUUUUGAUCCAGUUGGAGUCUCGGGUUCGCAGUCUCGAGUACGGUCAGGGCUCCCAGGUGUUCCUCCAGAAGUCCCACCACCUGGCCUCCAAGGGGGCCGAGAUCUACCAGAAGUGUCUGGAAGUGGUCAAGCAGGAGGGGAAGGAUCACAAGCGCGGCCCGCCCGAGCUACAGAUAUUUGCAGGACUUCUAGCCGAUUUCGAUCCUUGGCUCAGCGACAGCAGCUCCCCCCCAGAGGUCAGGAAGUUCUCAGGAGUUGGAGCACGCCUCCAGGCCAUGCUUCAGAACGAAGACGAGGUCGCCGCGUCGGAAUGGAUCAAAGACUUCUCGUUCUCCCCGACCUUCGACUCGAACGUCGUCCGCCUCUCGUUCACUCUGAAGGGUCAGGUGCUGAUCGCUCGCAACAUGCCGCAGGCCCAGAAGUUGGCCCAGGAGCAGGCGAGCACCUUCGACGUCGUGCGCGGUUCGUUCACCAUCCUGCCGGACCUGCCGAGCCUCUCGGAACGGGCGGUGGCGGCCCGGACACUCAGGAUAAGCUGCGGCAGGGCCAAGGACAACACGGUGGUCAUCGGAGACGACACCCGCAUCUCGACGCUGCACUUCGUGAUUUCCGUGUGCGCCACCCCUGGGGGCUGCGUGCUGCUGGAGCUCACGGACCAGUCCAGCAACGGCACCUGGCACAACGGGCAGCGGAUGGUGCGAGGGCGCGGGGUCCCGAUGGCGGUGGGCGACACGGUCACCGUGCUGCCCAUCGACCAGGUCGGCAGGGACUCCGAGGUGGGCUUCCUGCUAGUGCGCGACGUGCGGGGCGCGUGGUGCAGCAAGUGCCCGGUCACCUCCCCCGCGAGCUCGCCGAGGGAGGGGCCCCCUGCGGAGGAGCGCGGCUCGCCAGGCCGGGAGGCGCCCGCGGAGCAGGUGCCCCGCACCCUGGAGCGCGACCUGCACUGCGGGAUCUGCCGGGACGCCCUCCACCAGUGCCUCACGGUGGUCCCUUGCGGCCACAACUUCUGCGGGGUGUGCCUGGCGAAGUGGCGGCGCACAUCGUCCGCCUGCCCGGAGUGCCGCGGGUCCAUCGUCCAGGCCGUGCGCAACCAGACCGUGGACAGGCUGGUGGAGACGUUCCUGUGCGCCCACCCGGACGCGGCGAGGUCGCAGGAGGAUCUGGCCGCCAUGGAGGCGGCGGCCAGGGACCCCGACCACCGCUACAUGAUGCGCUGGCUCGUGCAGCCGCCUGCCCUCCGCCCGACGGCGGCCUCCGUACGCGCCGCGCCCACGCCUGUGCGGCGGCAGCCGCAGCCCGCCGAGCAGCCGGCCCGGAGCGGCGCCGCCGCGCCGCAGCCGCCGCUCGCAGAGGGGCAGGCGCCGCCGCCCGCCCGGCGCGUGGCCGAGUUCCGGCCGAACUCGGCCACGCGGGGCGCGGACGCUAGCGCCCCGACGGUGCCGCAGAGGUACCCCCUGGGGCAGCGGCGCCCCCGGCUCCCCAAGGCGCGGGAGCCGAAGCACCCAGCCUGCGGGGCCGGCAGCCCCACCACCGGCGGCAGCGGGCAGCACCGCGCCGCCCUGGCGGGCUGCUCCGGCGGCCCCAGCACCGGCGGCAGCGGGCAGCACCGCGCCGCCCUGGCGGGCUGCUCCGGCGGCCCCAGCACCGGCGGCAGCGGGCAGCACCGCGCCGCCCUGGCGGGCUGCUCCGGCAGCCAGAGCGUCUUCGCUUGGUUCUCUGUGAUCUUCCUGUCAAUAUUGAGGAAGCUCGGCGCGUAG